AAAUCUUAUAAUUGGAUUGUUGAAAAACAACGGAAAUUCCAAUUUUCUGUCACUUUAUUUCUGAUCUUUGAUAGCUGAACAAGAGAAAAGAAAAGUUUAUCCGUUAUAUUCAACAUUACAUUUCCUUCAAAUGAAUGCCUGCAAAUUAGCUCCCAUUUAGUGUUUUUCUCCAAGCUCUUCUCUUUGUCUUUCCUUGUUUGAAGCACCAGGUUUCUUCACAUUAACAUGUCUGCUAAAUCCAAGUCUGGUUUAUCUGAAACUCCUAGCAAGGUUUCACCAGCAACACCUAAAGUGGCGAGUAAAGUAAGCAGGGGACUGACGAAAUCAGAACCUGAUUCACCCUCUCCCUUGCAGAGUACUCGCCAUUCGAUUGAGCGUUCGCCACGGUCAUCCCUCAACUCGAAGCCUACGGUUGAUAGGAGAUCACCCAAGGUUGCCACCGCGCCUGAAAAGCCACAAACAGGGGUUGGUAAGGGAUCGGAAUUGCAGGCUCAAUUGAACUCGGUCCAGGAAGAUUUAAAGAAAGCAAAGGAGCAGAUAGCAUUGAUUGAGAAAGAGAAGGCACAAGUAAUCGAUGAGCUGAAAGAAGCGCACAAAGCAGUAGAAGAAGCAAAUGAAAAGCUUAGAGAGGCUUUGGUUUCACAAAAGCGAGCUGAAGAGAGCUCUGAGAUUGAGAAAUUACGGGCUGUUAAGCUGGAACAGGCAGGAAUUGAGGCUGCUCUGAAGAAAGACGAAGAAUGGCAGAAAGAAAUUGAAUCCGUGAGGAACCAGCAUGCUUUAGAUGUGGCUGCUCUUCUGUCUACCACUCAGGAGCUUCAAAGGGUGAAGCAAGAACUAGCCAUGACAUGUGAUGCUAAGAAUCAAGCACUGAACCAUGCUGAUGAUGCAGCCAAGAUUACUGAAAUCCAUGCCGAGAAGGUGGAGAUUCUUUUGGCUGAAUUGGUUCGGUUGAAGUCUUUGAUUGAUUCAAAACUUGAAAUAGAGGCCAAUGAAAAUAUGGAAAUGGUGUUCAAGCUUAAGGCUGAGAUAGAGUCAUUGAAACAAGAACUUGAGAAAGCAAAGGCCUAUGAGGAGAAAUUGAUGGAAAAGGAGGCUUUGGUUGAAGAACUUAACGUUGAAUUAGAAGCAGCGAGGAUGGCCGAAUCUUAUGCACGGAAUGUCAUGGAGGAAUGGAAAAAUAGGGUUCACGAGUUAGAAAUGCAUAUUGAAGAAGCAAAGAAGCUGGAAAGAUCCGCAUCAGAAUCUCUGGAUUCAGUCAUGAAGCAAUUAGAAAGCAACAACGAUUCAUUGCAUGAUGCAGAAUCUGAAAUUGCCGCUCUUAAAGAGAAGGUGGGAUUAUUGGAAAUGACAAUUGGUAGACAAAGAGGGGAUCUUGAGGAAUCAGAACAUUGUAUCAAUAUGGCUAAAGAAGAAACCGCAGAAGUGGCAAAACUGGUCGAGUCUCUGAAGUCUGAAUUAGAAAUAGCGAAGGAAGAAAAGACCCAAGCUUUGAAUAAUGAGAAGCUUGCAGCUUCCAGUGUUCAAACUCUUUUAGAAGAGAAAAACGAACUCAUUAACGAGUUGGAAAAUUCUAGGAACGAGGAAGAGAAGAGCAAGAAAGCAAUGGAAAGCUUAGCUUCCGCCUUACAUGAAGUUUCUGCAGAAGCUAGGGACACUAAGGAGAAGAUGCUAUCCAGUGAAAAAGAGCAUGAAAAUUACGAGACACAGUUGAAAGAUAUAAGGUUGGUCCAUAAGGAAACGAAUGAGAAGUAUGAAACCAUGCUUGAUGAUGCACAAAAUGAGAUUGAUCUUCUUAAAAAUAGCAUUCAACAGUCCAAGAACAGACUCGAUAAUGCCAAAGCUAUGUGGGAACAACAAGAAAUGUAUUUAGUAGAUCGUGUAAAAAAAUCAGAAGAAGAAAAUUCUUCUCUGGAAAAGGAAAUUAAUAGGCUGGUAAAUUUGCUGAGACAAUCCGAGGAAGAGGCUUCUGCAUCUAAGGAGGAAGAAGCUCAGUUGAAGGAGAGCCUAAAAGAAGUUGAAUCUGAGGUGAUUUAUCUGCAAGAAACCCUGAAGGAGGUCAAGACCGAGAGCAUGAAAUUGAAGGAGGGUUUGUUGGACAAAGAAAAUGAAUUGCGGAGUGCCAUUCAAGAAAACGAGGAACUCCGAGCUAGGGAAGCUGCUUCACUUAAGAAGGUCGAGGAGUUGUCUAAGUUGUUGGAAGAAGCUACUAUCAAAAAGCAAAGCGAGGAAAAUGGUGAGCCAACUGACCGUGAGAAGGACUAUGAUUUGCUUCCUAAGGUGGUUGAAUUCUCGGAGGAAAAUGGACAUGGAAGUGAAGAGAAACUCAAGUUAGAGCUCCCAUCAGAACAGCCCAAGGAGCCCAAAGAGGAGAAUUUUCUUGAGGUCAAUGAUGGCUCAAAGGAUGAAGCCCUUCAAGCUGAUGGUGCCAAAGUGGAGAAUGUGAACGGAAAAGUGAGGGAAGACGAGACAAAAGUAAAAGACGACAAAUCAGUCGAAGUUGAAUUCAAAAUGUGGGAGAGCUGCAAAAUCGAAAAGAAAGAGUUUUCACCAGAAAGAGAACCUGAGCAAGAAUACCUUGAGGACGAAGUGGAGUCAAAGGUGGAGGGUAGUGAGAAUUUUGAUAUAAACGGUUCAACAGAAAACGUUGAUGAUGGUGGAAACUCACCAACAAAGCAACAGCAACAGAAAAAGAAGAAACCGUUACUCAUUAAAUUUGGAAGUCUACUGAAGAAGAAGGGAAGCUGCAACCAUAAGUAGAUGAACCAAAUCUGCCCCGGCGUGAUUUAGACCUUCCAGCAGACAGGUAUAUUGAUACUAUCUUGCAGCUUAAUGUAUUUGCUUGAUUUGUUUUGCUUCUAAUGCUCUCAAUAGGUUUAAAUUUAAAAAGGCUUGUAUAAUGUUUAG